ACCAAAUGCUUUGUGAUUGAUAUCUCCAUAGCGAAUUUGUAUCUUCGAAACCAGAGCUUGUAACAUCUGCACCACAGAAGAUAUUGUUUUUUUAUUUCGAGGAUAGGAAGAAAACAAUCGAACUCAAUCAUUAUCCUUACGCACCUAUUUUAGCCCUAAUGGAGAGUAAUCUUCUUUUGUUAGUUCCUGCCUCCCGCAAGGAACUAUUGGCAGGGCUUCACAUUAAUUAGUUAAUAAUCGUAUCUUUUGACAGCCAAUAGGAUGGCUUGUUUUGUUCUAUGUCAAGACUAUCCUAAGUCUAAAUCCCAAUUUCUUAAGUCUAAAUCCCAAUUUGGCAGAGAUAUGUGCUUGGGUUUUAACCAUUGUUUGCAAGGUGGGAGCGUUGGCAGGCUAUAGAUGGUGUACGGAUAGGCAAUGCAAAGCCCAAGGCAAGAGAACGCCCGGAUACAGAGGAAGGGGGCAAAAACUAGAUCUCGGUUAGUGUCUGUUGCCCACAGUUGGCAUUUACGGCUGCACCUGUGCGACGUGGAUGUGCAGAGACAGAUGGCUCUUAGGGUUUUCGUUUUGGGCAUGCAGGGCAGAGGACCCGUUACUACACAGGUGGGAGAUGACAAUGAAACAAUAUUAAUAAACGCAUGAUGCCUCAUUUUUAAUGUUUAGCUGUCCUGGAGCACGACGUGACCUUUUUACCUUCAGCUUUUCUUCAGCGAAAUCUGCUCUGUUCUGGUCACUUAACACAUGGACCCCAGCCGAGCAAUGUCAUUUGGAUCAAUAUCUUCCAAGGAACAUCAUUUGCCCCAAAAACAAUCUUCCAUACAUGUCCAUUGCAGCCAGCCAGAUGCUCAUAGCUUACAAGAGCACCUUGGAAAACAGUGAGACUUUGAAACAACUAGCACCUACUGCACAAAUACCAACAACAAAGUGCCAUGUCGAUCAGCUCAAAGGAAAAGACAACCCUUGCAGCACCCUCGCUACACAAGCAAGUCAUACCAAACAAAGAUGCCUCACCAACAUGGAAGCCAGUGCACCGGAUGCCACCUCUCCACAACAACACACAAUAAAAUGGCAAAUUAACAACAUUGAACAACAAAACUUCGCCCCUAUCAAAAUGCAACCGCACAAAAGUGAACAUAAAAAAGGUCAACAUAUGGAUUCUUUCAAGCAGCACAAUCCCAAUUCACAUUCCACCAAACAACAAAACCCCAAUCCACAGCCACAUACAAGCAAGAGAUCCAUUGGCCACAUGGAAUGUGAUCAGCAAGAGAGUGGUGCUGAAGCCAUGCAUAUAAGCAAAUGCCAACUCCAACCUCUGAGACAACAAACAACACCAUCUUCUAGACAUGCUCCACAAACUAGCCAUUCAAGCCAUAGCUUGUGGGUCGACUUCCAUGGGAGGAACUUAUGGCUCAGAUACCUUCAUUUUUGCCUGCAUUAUUUGAUGCUUUUGGGAACCACAGUGCAGAUGUUCGGAAGAAUGAAGAAAAAAGGAAUAUAUCUGCUUGUACAGAUGGUCGUUUCUUUUCCAGUAGACAUAUAUAUUGUCCUUGGAAAAGCACUUUUACCUUAUCUUGGAAGCCUGAGCAGUACCCAACUGCGACUUGUAACAAUUCAUGCAAAUAGAAUUUCACAGGCUAUGAGGAUGGCCAUCUGCAUCAUGCUUGUUUUAUGGUGGGAACAAUUGAAACCUAAUGUAAGCCUUCUUUUACAGAUCAAGGCCACAAAUGGUGAUACUUUUUUGGGUGGUGAGGAUUUUGACAAUGCCUUUUUGUAGUAUUUAGUUAACGAGUUCAAGGUGUUGUCAUCUUUGGCUUUACACCUGCCAUUUGCAUUUGUUUAAAAAUUUCCAGGGCCUUUCAACUAAUCCAUUUUCUGCAUCCACAUUUAUGGUUUCAUAAAGUGGCAUUCUGCAAUACACUUCACGUGCCUAGUCUUUGCUUCCACAUUUUGCGUACAUACCUAAUAGCUUGCUUGGCCUGGAUUUGUCAUCUGGUCUUGCUGUGAUGAUUGAAAUACUCUCAAUUGGAUAUGUUUUCUGGAGCACAUCUCAACCCCUCCCUCACCUUUUACUGCAUUUCUCUCCUCGCCAUUUUAAGGAGUUGCAGAGUAUGGCGGUGUGGCUGCUUAAUCUUCAGGGUGUGCAACUUCUGUGGCAACACUAUCUCCCUGUUUGGGUUAUAUCACUAGUAAUAUGUCCAUCUCAACUCUAUCAUAGGGAUAUUGCACUUCCUUAUAUUCUGUAGCACAGAGCAGAAGAAUGUGCAUGUGCCAAUUGUUCACUACCACCAAUCUAUUGGGCAUUCCCAUUAAUCAAACAAGGGCUCCGGUUCUACCAGGAGCUUGCAAAAUCACCACUUGAGCUCUUAGUUAAUGCAAUGUUGUAGGAGCUCCAGCUGCUUUUCCAUCUACAGACUCUAGUGCACCACCAGCAACAUAGACUUCUCCUGCAACUCGAAAUGCAGUGUCUCCCUCAUCCAACUCACCAUCUUUACUUCCUCCCACAACUUUUGUAGGAGAUAUUUCACCAACACCCAGCGAAAAGCCAACAGCUAAGCAUGGAGCCCUUUACACACCAUCGACCAUUGUCAGUGCUUUAGCAGUAGCAAUGGUAGCUAUCACUAUUUGGUGAACAUCUUCCUUCUAUAUCGGUGUUGGAUAUUCUAACAUGGACCUGAGUGUAUUGUGGAGUGCAUAGAGUCUUUCAGCAACUUCCUCUCAUUUGGGUA